GACUCUGUAAGCAUGGAGGUAGGUUUUAUUGUGUGCACCCUUGGUAUUCUAGUGUUUGUGCUGCCAUCUGUGCUCUGGUCGACUUCAACCUGUUUAAUAACAAAUCACAAACAAAUGUAUGCACACAUCGAGAAUCUGACACUGAUGGAAAAUACAAACGCUAAUUUUACCUGUGAAUUGAAAACAGAAAACAAGGAUAUGUUUCGAAUUGAAGUAAAGAUUUGUGAAGCGGGUAGUUUCUACCCAGUCUGCGUGUGCCGGUUGUUCUCUAAUGGUUUCAAAUGCUUAAAUGUAAGGAACAUUUCGACGUGUGAGGCUGACAACAUGGAAAUGCGUAUAUCGAUAUAUGUCCGACGGAAUUUCACUGAUGUCGUGUGGGAACUCUUGGAACAGAACUCCACCCUCGUUUUAUUGAAGCACACUCAACUACAAGUCACCUAUCCUCCAGAAGUCACUCAACUCACUGUAAACGGACAAGAUGUUGACGGGAAAGUCAUUGCUAAAGAGAAACAACAGUUAACUAUUUCUUGUUCCUACACCAAUGGAAAACCUCUAGUCUACAUUCGCAUGUUAAAUAACACAGGACACGUGUUUCGUUCAACAAAUAAUAGAGAAGGCACUCUUAUGACAUUUCUAUCUGUUUACUGUCACGACAUGUGGCCGAUUGUCGGCUGUGAGGCGCCAGGUUCGAAACUGAACAGAUCUGUCACCAUUCUUGUCAAAUGUUUACCUCAGCUUUUCUACGUGUCAAGUCAAUCAGUAGACCUGACAAGUGUUGCUAGAGGUUUGACACUUGGCCUGAAAUCCUAUACAAGUGAUAUCAAGAGCUGUCUGAUGACUAGUCUGCAUGAUCAGUCCAUCGCCAGAGAAGUGAUUUGUGAACUCAGUGGAAGUGCACCGGAAUUCAACUUGACCCUUCUUGUGGCUAACGAAUCAUGGCUAGAAGAAGGGAUUUGGAUGCUCCAUGUCAUGACGGAGCUAGGAUUUUCAAACAUCACUGUAAACAUCACCAACACCACGGUUCAGCGUGAGUAUGCUGAUCUAUAAUUGGGCAUAAUGAAUGGGCU